CCCCAGGGCUGCACAUGGAGCUGGAAGACAUCGCAAAGCUCAAGAUGAUCCUGCUUCGCCUGGAGGGGGCCAUCGAUGCUGUCGAGCUGCCUGGGGACCACAGCGGUGUCACCAAGCCAGGGAGCUACAUCUUCGAGCUGUUUGCUGAGGCCCAGAUAACGUUUCAGACCAAAGGCUGCAUCCUCGACUCCCUGGACCAAAUCAUCCAGCACCUGGCAGGACGUACGGGGCUGUUCACCAACACAGCGGGCUUGCAGAAGCUCUCGGACAUCAUCCAGAUUGUGUUCAGUGCAGACCCUGCUGAGGGCACGCCCGGUUCCACCGUGGGGCUUGGGGUCUCUCAGUCCUACAAGGUCCAUAUCCACCCCGAUGCCAGUCACCAGAGGAAGGCUCAGCGGUCAGACGCCUGGAACACCACGGCAGCCAGAAAGCAAGGGAAGGUACUGAGCUACUGGUGCUUCAGUCCCGGCCACAGCAUGCGAGAGCUGGUCCGCCAGGGCGUCCGCACCGUCAUCCUCACCAGCGGCACACUGGCUCCCGUGUCCUCCUUUGCCCUGGAGAUGCAGAUCCCUUUCCCCGUCUGCCUAGAGAACCCGCACGUCAUCAACAAACAGCAGAUCUGGGUGGGGAUUGUCCCCAAAGGCCCCGAUGGAGCCCAGCUGAGCUCUGCCUUUGACAAACGGUUUUCUGAUGCAUGCUUGUCCUCCCUGGGUAAGGCGCUAGGCAACAUCGCCCGCGUGGUCCCCCAUGGGCUCCUGGUCUUCUUCCCUUCCUACCCCGUCAUGGAGAAGAGCCUGGAGUUCUGGCGGGCCCAUGACUUCGCCAGGAAGCUGGAGGCCCUGAAGCCUGUGUUCGUGGAGCCGAGGAGCAAAGGUGGCUUCUCAGAGGUGGUGGACGCCUACUGUACGCGAGUCGCCUCCCCUGGGUCUAGCGGGGCCUCUUUCAUGGCCGUGUGCCGGGGAAAGGCCAGCGAGGGCCUGGACUUCGCGGACAUGAACGGCCGAGGUGUGAUUGUCACGGGCCUGCCGUACCCUCCACGGAUGGACCCGCGGGUUGUCCUCAAGAUGCAGUUCCUGGACGAGCUGAAGGGCCGUGGUGGGCCUGGAGGCCAGCUCCUCUCUGGGCACGAGUGGUACCGGCAGCAGGCGUCCAGGGCCGUGAACCAGGCCAUCGGACGGGUGAUCCGGCAUCGCCAGGACUACGGGGCUGUCUUCUUGUGUGACCACAGGUUCACCCAUGCAGACGCCAGAGCCCAGCUGCCUUCCUGGGUGCGCCCCCACGUCAAGGUGUAUGACAGCUUUGGCCCCGUCAUUCGGGAUGUGGCCCAGUUCUUCCGUGUUGCUCAGAAAACUAUGCCCGUGCUGGCCCCCCUGGCUGCUGCCCCGAGUCGGGCUGAGGGAGGAGGUGCUGUCGUGGUGGCUGUGUCGCCUGGCCCCCUCUCCACCAGGAAAGCCAGGAGUCCGGACGUGCACGUCCCCAGCCUGAGGCGCAGACCCUCAGGAUCGCCAGCCACCAGGAACGCCGAGAGCAGCCUGUGUGUGGAGUAUGGGCAGGAGUCGGGCCUCACCCGGCGGAGGCCUGUGGGACUGCUGGCCGCCCUCGAGCACAGCGAGCAGCUGGCCGCGGGACCUGGGGACAAGGCCUCCCCUGGGGAGGAGGAGGAGGCACAAGGUCUCUCCACCGUGUCCCUCCCACGUGAGAAGAGGCGUGCCCAGGAGCAGAGAGCAGGGCGGAGGAAGAUCAGGGUAGUCGGUGGCCACCAGGACGGGCCGGCCGCCGAUACGCAGGCGGGCAGGGCCAAGCUGUUCAUGGUGGCCGUGAAGCAGGCGCUGAGCCAGGCCAGCUUCGACACCUUCACCAGGGCCCUGCAGGACUACAAGGGCUCCGACGACGUGGAGGCUUUGCUGGCCUGCCUCGGCCCCCUCUUUGCUGAGGACCCCAAGAAGCACAGCCUGCUCCAAGGCUUCUACCAGUUUGUGCGGCCACACCACAAGCCGCGAUUUGAGGAGGCCUGCCUCCAGCGGACGGGCCGCGGCUGCGGCUCCCGGCCCGAGCACAGCCUUCCUCAGAGGCAGUGGGCACCGGCGGCCCAGGCCCCCAGCGGAGGGAAGGAGUGGGACUCAAAGCUGACCCUGUCCCAGGGUGCAGCCAGGCAGCUGGACCCCGGACAGCACCUGAACCAAGGCAGACCCCACCUGGUCUCCGGGCCAGCCCCUGCAGGAGACCCCGGCAGCUGUCCCAAGGAGGGGCGUAGAGCCCCCAGCGCAGAGAAGCAAGGCCAGCCUGCCGUGAGCGCCUACUUGGCGGAUGUCCGAAAGGCCCUGGGGUCCGCAGGCUGCAGCCAGCUCCUGGCGGCGCUGACCACCUACAAACAGGACGAUGACUUCGAGAGGGUGGUGGCCGUGGUGGCCGCACUCACAACCUCAAGGCCUGAGGACCUGCCCCUGUUGCAGAGGUUUGGCAUGUUCUUGCGACCCCACCACAAGCGGCGUUUCCGGCAGACGUGCAUAGACCUGAUGGGCCCGGCUGCCCAGAGCGCAGGUACUGGGCCUCCAGGCCCCCAGGAGGGGAGCCCCACUGUGCCCCCCGACCUCGCCCACGGUGCUUCCAGGCCAGGGCCCCCCCAGCAAGAGACACCCCAGAGGGCCCAGAGCAAGCUGUCGGCCUUCCUUGCCCGGAGGCAGGCUGGGGAUGGCGGGGCUCCCAGCCAGCCCCCCCGCGCCGCCCGCAGGCACGCCCCGUCCGAGUGGGCAGGCUUGGCGUGCCCUGGCUGCAGGGCGGAGGACACGGUCCCCUUCCAGUGCCCCUCCUGCGACCUGCAGCGCUGCCGGGCCUGCUGGCGCCAGCUCCUGCAGGCUUCUAGAACAUGCCCGGCCUGCCACGCCCCCGCCAGGAAGCAGAGCAUCACGCAGGUCUUCUGGCCAGAGCCCCAGUGAGCGUGGAGACACUGGGGCAGGCUGACACCGCGUGGACACGGGUCUCCCGGCGGGGUCUGCGCCCGCCUAGAUGCCCCGAAGCCACCUUGGGGUCUGGGGUGGGUUGGCUCGCUUCCCUUGGCCGCCGGCUUGUGGAUGGAGCGUCAGGAGCUCAGGACUGGAAGGUGGGGGGCCCUCUGCUCCCUCCGCGGCGGGACCUGUGUGUGGGCUGUGGACCUGCUUUUGAUCAGGUGACCGGCUGUCUAAUAAAGUUGCUGACACUGUA